AUGGAUAUAUCCUGUUGCCAUCCAGUUGUGGCUCUAGUUGUUGCCAUAAGUUGCCUGUUUUCUGUAUCCGGUAAAGGCAAUCUUUUCACAGGUGACCGUCGCUUGCCUGACUGUUCUGGAGCGUCAGGGCUCCCGUCAAGCCAGACGGUCGCCCUGGAAGACGGUAAGGUUAUCCAAGGGGUUCGUCGCUGCUUCGAAACACCCCUUCUGGUCCCUGUUCACGUCUAUUCGGGCAUUAGGUAUGCAUCACUAGGCGACACUGGCCUGCUUGGAAGCGGCCUUCGUCGUGUGGCACAGCACCGCUUCAGACAGGCUGUGGCUGAGUUCUUGUAUCACGACGAGACUGGUCUUCUGAAUAAAACGCUGCCUGGACCCGUCUGUCCACAACCGGAGUCCAGAAGUUCGAGUACUGUAGACGGACUGUCAGGAGCAACUGGGAGGCAACGGUCCGUCAGUCCACAGGAAGAGAACUGCUUGACGUUAAAUAUAUUCGUGCCGGAAAGGAGUAAGCCUCUGAUGAAUAGAGAUAUUUAA